AAUAAGGCUGCUAGUCAUCACAGUUCAUUUAGGCGUCGGACUAACCAGCUACUCAUCCACUUUUCUUAUACUAAGUUUGCAGACUAGUUUCAGCCUUAUUAUUAGAUAUUUAUUAAUACAACCGAGUAGAACUACUGUAUAUUCAAGCAGUAGCUAUACAUCCCUGUUGUAGAAGAUGGCCAAUUCAGGCUUACAACUUUUAGGAUUUGCCUUGGCUUGUAUAGGAUGGAUUGGCUUUAUAGUGUCCGUAGCUAUUCCCCAAUGGAAGAUGUCUUCGUUUGCCGGAGAUGCCAUCAUCACAGCACAGAUCACCUAUGAAGGCUUGUGGAUGUCCUGUGUCAUGCAGAGUACAGGGCAGAUGCAGUGCAAAUCCUACGACUCUCUUCUGAAAUUAAACAGCACUAUGCAGGCUACCCGGGCAUUGAUGAUCUGUGGAAUUCUUUUGGGCUUCUUUGCAGCUUGUAUUGCUGCAGUGGGAAUGAAAUGCUUAACCUGCCUUCAAGAUGAUGAGGUGAAGAAAGCCAGGGUUGGAAUCGUUGGUGGUAUUCUUUUCAUUAUUGCUGGGCUAUGUGUUCUUAUUGCAACAGCAUGGUAUGGAAACCAAAUUGCCAGGGAUUUCUACAAUGCAUUUACCCCAACCAACUCCAAAUAUGAAUUUGGGCCAGCUUUAUUUAUUGGCUGGGCUGGUGCUGCAAUGGCAAUCUUAGGAGGGGCCUUGCUUUGCUGCUCAUGUCCUAAAAGGGAAACUUCUUAUCCACCACCUAGAGGCUACCACAAAAAUGCACCUUCAGCACCUGCAGGAAAAGACUAUGUGUAAUUCACUCCACUGUGACUUGAAACUCUUCUUUCCAUAUGCCACCUUGAAUAUAACCCUCAAAUGACCAAUUUUUUCUGUGAACUGGUCCAAAUGUAUAUUCAUACAGAUGCAAGACAGUAAAAGUGCUGCAGGUCUGAAAUAUGUUACAAUACUUAAUUUCAUCUUUUGUUAUCAUUAUACAACAUAAUGCAGUAUAUAGAAAAUAUUGCAUAUAAUGCAUAGACAAUCAAAGGUCCCCUAGUAAUGAUAAACAAAUAUUACUGAAAACACAUCGAAAAGGCUGUUAAACCAUUUCUAGAUUAUUAAUAUUCAGAGUACCAAGCAGUAAUUACCAUACUAUUACACAGGUUUAUAAGUAUUAAGGACUUUUUUAAAUACUGGAAUCUCAAAGACAAGGUUGCAUAUUAAGGAGUUAGUGGUUUUGCAGUACAUUUUUUUAUAGUUAAACACAGUUAUGUAGCUAUUUAUAUCACUUAAUGAAAUGCUGUAUAAAUUGUCGACAUAAUUUCCUGAACUAAAGCCAGUGAGCCACAAUAGAAGCAUUGUUUUAGUUGUUCGAAUCUAAAACAGAAGCUGUUUUUUUAAAGAAUUUGUAUUUUAAAAAAAACAUUGUUUUACUUAAAGAACAUUGAAAAGCCUUGUAACAUUCAGCUAAAGUCCAAAACAGUUGACAGGCUUUUCUAAACGAAGAAUGUAAAGCUGAAUGUGACAUUGGUUAAAUCAUCCCUGUUAUGAGAAGAGCUUUUACAGUACCUAUCAUUAUAUACAAUAUAUGAAAGGAUGAAAACAAUGAAUAAUGUUGGAUCACAAGCAGAAUAGGCCAAGUCACUACUGUGUAAUUGCAAUAAUAAGGAACCCAAUUUCUUUCAAA